GUCCCUGUGUGAUGACGCCCAGGAGUCGCUGUUUACCAUGGCGGCUAACUGCUAGCUCACUGAAAGGAAAUGUGGGUUUUGUAGCGGCGGGAAAAUCCACAGUUCAACGGGAAAAAGUCGGCAAGAUCUCUCUCUCAGAAUGACCAACAGGACAUCUUAUUUUUACGACCCGGACGUGGGCAACUUCCACUACGGUGCCGGCCAUCCUAUGAAGCCUCACCGUUUGUCUCUGACUCACAGUCUGGUGCUGCACUAUGGGCUCUACAAGAAGAUGAUGGUGUUUAAGCCAUACAAAGCAUCGCAGCACGACAUGUGUCGGUUCCACUCGGAAGACUACAUAGACUUCCUACAGAAGGUCAGCCCCAAUAACAUGCAGGGCUUCACAAAGAGCCUCAACACAUUCAACGUAGGAGACGACUGUCCUGUGUUUCCUGGUCUUUUUGAGUUUUGCUCAAGAUACACAGGAGCCUCUUUACAGGGAGCUACACAGCUCAACCACAAGAUCUGUGACAUUGCCAUCAACUGGGCCGGAGGUUUGCAUCACGCCAAAAAAUUUGAGGCGUCUGGGUUUUGUUACGUCAAUGACAUCGUCAUCAGUAUCCUGGAGCUGCUCAAAUACCACCCGAGGGUUCUCUACAUCGACAUCGACAUUCACCAUGGUGACGGCGUACAGGAAGCCUUUUACCUGACUGACCGCGUCAUGACUGUGUCCUUCCACAAAUACGGGAACUACUUUUUUCCAGGAACAGGUGACAUGUACGAGGUGGGAGCAGAGAGCGGCCGGUACUACUGCCUCAAUGUUCCUCUCAGAGACGGCAUCGAUGACCAGAGCUACAGGCAGCUGUUCCAGCCGGUUAUUAAACAGGUGGUGGACUUCUACCAGCCGACCUGCAUCGUUCUACAGUGUGGAGCAGAUUCUCUGGGCUGUGACCGACUGGGCUGCUUCAACCUCAGUAUACGAGGACAUGGUGAGUGUGUGGAGUUUGUGAAGAGUUUUAAGAUUCCUCUGUUGGUCCUGGGAGGAGGAGGAUACACAGUGAGGAACGUGGCUCGCUGCUGGACCUUUGAGACUUCUCUGUUAUUGGAUGAAUCCAUCAGUGAUGAGCUCCCUUAUAGCGAGUAUUUUGAGUACUUUGCUCCAGACUUCACGCUGCACCCCGAUGUCAGCACCAGGAUAGAAAACCAGAACUCCAGACAGUACUUGGAGCAAAUCCGUCAGACGGUGUUCGAGAACCUGAAGAUGUUGAACCACGCGCCCAGCGUCCAGAUCCACGAUGUUCCCUCCGACAUGCUGAGCUACGAACGCAACGAUGAGCCUGACCCUGAUGAGAGGGGGGGCGAGGAAAACUACACCAGGCCGGAGGCAGCCAACGAGUUCUACGACGGCGACCACGACAACGACAAAGAGAGUGACGUGGAAAUUUGAUAAUGAGAGAAGUGGAGCUCUCCAAACACCACGUCUCCACUGCACAUCUAACAGAAACUCAUAGUAACGUCUGGAAGGACUGAAGACUCUCAAGCUCUGCUCUUUUUCUCUGUAGGUUCCCCUUCUUAAACGUCCUCAAUCAGCCGCCCUUCACCUGGCUGUUCCACCCUCAGAGCCUUGUAUAUAAUGUCACAGAGCUCCACACCUCCACUCGCAGCAGUAUUCCUGCUUCUGGUGAAUAUUGUAAUAGACAGGAAGAGCCCAAAUUAUUAAGCAGCGUCCACUAGAAUCAAGACUCCAAACAAACUUGUCUAGAUUCUGAUAAUAGCAUUUUAUUGUAAUUUUUUCUUUCCACUCGUUAUCUUGUUUAUGUUAUCUUAGUAAUGAAAUGUAUUUAACUUUUGAAGAGGAAGUAUUGUAAUCAAAGUUUGGAUUUAGGCCUGAGCAAUGUUUGUUUUCCACACGUCCAAAGUGUCACAAAGAGUUUUGAGCAUCCUAAAUUUCCGUUCAGUCAACCCCCCCUGAGAUUUAAGAGCAGUUAGUUUGGAGCCCUGUGUGACAUCCAGCGUGUGUGUGAAGGCACUUCAUGAAAACAAAAAGCAGUUUCCACCAGGUGUCAUGGAAUAGACACGGGGAGUUUUUGAUUUAUUCACAUGCGUGUGAGAAGCUGUUCAAGUGCCUGCCAGGGUCCAUUAGUCACACAUUAGCCAGUUCAGAUGUUUAAAACCACGCUUUAACUGUUUGAUACAGAAUCACAAUGGUGCAAAUUAUUCCAACCAUCUUUUUUUUUUUUUUCCGUCAUUGUAGCCGUCAGGAUGGGUUUUCCAUUUUUUUUUCUAGCAUUAUUCACGUGCCUUACAGCUCUGAGAAGCCGAGCGCUGGUGUAGAGCUGGGCACUUUCAUAUCAACGAUUCAACAGUUUGAACUUGGCAUUGGUUUGGAUUUCUGUAAACGAACAUCUGUAAACGAGGCUGAUCCGAACAGGAAUUCUCCUCCUGUAUUUUCAUUCCUUUCUCUCUUCUUCUGUUUCUUCUGCUCGUUACUGUAUAUAUACGUAUAAAUGUAUCAACUGUGAGUGUACAUCGUGUAGAGGAGGACCACGGUGGUGAGGGUGGUAGGUAAAACAUUUUGUACCUAAGCAGGUAUCAGGGAUUAGAGUCCUGGUCCUUCACUGUGCAUCUUUAUUAACAGAAUCAUUAUAGAUGUACAUGACUGUCAACAGAAAUGCUUUCUACCAUCGGACACGUCCAGUCCUCUUUUAGCCAGAAACAGGUUUUAUGUGAUUUUUUUGAUAUUGUUGUCUACUUUUGUUUUUAAUAAAAAAAGAACUGAUUGAA